GGUGGUCAGGGUUUAAGCCGUUCCCAAUGCUUCCUCAUUUGACUUCGUUCGGAUCCAAAGCGUACACAGCAUACAUGGAUGUCCACAAAUUUGAAUUAGAUCUCCAAGAAGAGAACGAAUUAAAAAUAGGUCGCACUUAGGGGAGGCGCGUUUCAAACACAGCAAAGUCAAUCUCUCUCAGUGAGGGUGUUUGGACGAAAGUUAGUCGAAAGCUAAUGCAGCUGUGCGUUGAUGUUUAGUACGGCGUGACGCUCUCUCCUAGCCGGUUCAAUUAUCGCUUAUUGAGCGGCUACGUGCUAUCGCGACGAGAUGAGUUUGUUUUAUUUGUUGGUCUGUUUAGUGAUAUGGAGUCAUUCCACUGUCACGGGUAACAUUCAGGAGAAUGAAGUUGGAAAGUAUGAACCGACCUGGGAAAGUCUGGACUCUCGGCCGCUUCCACAGUGGUACGACGAUGCGAAGGUCGGGAUAUUCUUGCACUGGGGUGUCUAUGCGGUGCCCAGCUUUGGAUCGGAGUGGUUCUGGAUCAAUUGGCAAGGAAGCAAAUACGAAAAUUAUGUGAAGUUCAUGACUAAGAACUACAAACCGGAUUUCACGUACCAGGAUUUCGCAAGUGAUUUCACGGCUGAGCUAUUCAACGCAACCGAGUGGGCAUUACUAUUUGCCAAAUCUGGAGCUCGAUACGUGGUUCUAACCAGCAAACAUCACGAAGGAUUCACCUUGUGGCCUUCCAAGUACACCUUCAGUUGGAAUUCACUAGACGUGGGACCUCAUCGUGACAUCUUGGGAGAACUCUCCACAGCCCUGAGAAACAAUACCAAGCUAACUUUUGGAGUCUACUAUUCGCUUUUUGAAUGGUUCAACCGACUCUACAACGAAGACAAGCUGCACGCUUUCCUCAAACACGACUACGUAGACUUCAAGGUGUGGCCUGAGUUGAAGGAGCUGGUCACCAAAUACAAACCGGAGGUUCUUUGGAGCGACGGCGACUGGGAAGCCCCCGAUGGCUACUGGAAGGCCAAGGAGUUCUUCACGUGGUUGUACAACGAGUCGCCGGUUAGGGACACCAUUGUUACGAACGACCGGUGGGGCAUCGGAACGCUCUGCCUUCAUGGGGACUUCCACACUUGCUCCGAUCGGUACAAUCCAGGUGUUCUCCAGCCGCACAAGUGGGAAAAUGCAAUGACAAUUGAUAAGAAAAGCUGGGGUCAUCGUCAGAAUGCUAAGCUGGAAGAUUUUCUCACCUCCGAUGAGUUGAUUGGAGAGAUUGCGACUACGGUGAGCUGCGGUGGAAAUAUUUUGAUCAACGUUGGGCCAACGAAGUACGGAACAAUCGAUCCGAUUUUCGAGGAACGUUUAACGCACAUGGGACGUUGGUUGAAGACCAAUGGGGAUGCCAUCUACAAGAGUCGACCAUGGUUGUAUCAGAACGAUACAGUAACGUCGAACGUUUGGUACACUUCGAAAUCGCUGAAAACGGUGGAUGAAGGUACGAGUUUUACCAACGUGUAUGCCAUAGUGUUGAACUACCCCUUCAAAACCAACAGCGUGGUUUUAGGUGCAUUGGAUAAGCAUUACGCUAAGAUUGCGCAAAUCACUAUGCUUGGAUUCAACACUAGUCUGAAGUGGAAGCCAACUGAAAAAGGAGUCCUUGUCGAGUUUCCAUCCAAAAACGAAAUCGAUCGACUUCAGCUGCAUCACGCAUGGACUUUGAAGGUGGUUCUCUCCAGUUGAUGAAAUAAUAUUUAGAACUUUUUAUUGACGUGAAAAUAAAUUCCAGUUUGAUCACAA